UUGCUGAGUCAAGGGUAUCACAAAGAUUAUGAAAUGAAAACCACGUGGUGGAAUACUUUUUUAUGUUUAAUUAUACUAGUUAAGAUAGUUAAUGCACAAGGUGAUUUAAAAAUUAACAAAAAUGACGCCAUUAUUGACAAAUAUGUAAAAGAACAACUCAAACGUGCUACACGCUCAUUAGAAAAAAGUUUCGAAAAGAAGAUUCGUGUGAAAAAAAGUACCCAAGAUUCAGAUGUAUCAUUCCAUGAACAAUUUUUGCAAAUUAAUAACCAACCUUACUCGCCAUUUUUAAAAUUAGCCCAAACUCAUAAUUUCAAUACAGUAUAUGCAGUUGAUGAAAGGAACAUUUUAAAAUUCAAUGAAAAUAAUUUAGAACAUAUCAUUACUUUUAAACAUGAAAAAAUCCCGGUUUUCGUAGAGGUCGUCAAUUGGAUGAAAAAUAUUUUAUUGUUUUUGGUCAAAUUCGAAAACGAUUUUGUUUAUGUGUAUCAAUCUACAAUUGAUCAAAAUCCAGUGCAAACAAUUAAAUUAUCAGUUACUUCAGUUAAAUGUUUUCAUCGACAAGAUAUAUAUUGUAUGUUUGUUACGCAAUCUGGUAAUGGGAAGACGGAUGCCAGAUUAUUUAAAUGGGUCGAAACGCAUUUCGAUGUUCAAGAGAACCUAGAAGUACCACAUGUGUCUUCUAUUAUUGCAUUUAAAUGGAAAACAGAUGACUUAAUUUUGCUAGCACCCAAAUAUGGAGAAGGAAAGGCAUCGUUGUUACUGCAAUGGAAUGGAAAUAAUUUAAAAAAAGUGCAAAAUAUGAAAUUCCAAACUUCUUGUCGUGAUUGUCUUAAAUAUUUUCAGUUCCAAACAAAAUUUUAUGUAGUUUCUGAUAAAACUGUAUUGGUUUGGAAUGGUCAUCGUUUAGUACAAGUUGGCAGUUUGGAUCGAAAACCCGAAUUUGGUGAGCCAACUUCGGUAGAUGUAUGGAGCAAUGACAAUCGGGCUGUGGUAUUUGUUUUUUAUAAGCAUUAUAUAGUUGUGCACAAAGUCUGGGACAAAUUUCGUGUUGGAAAUUAUCGAAAAGUAAAAGAAAACAUUGCCUCAGCAAUCAUAGUCAAUUCUUCAAAUGAUGAAAAUUCAUUUAUCACAUAUAGUACGUUAUUUAAAAACAGAAUAUAUCUUCAAACGAUUCCAUUUUCUGUUAAAAUGCAAGAUGAAGACGUUGUGGGAUCCCAGUUGGAUCCUCUUAUGCAAUGUUUUAGUAGUCUUCAAAAUGCUAUGUUAGUAAAUCGUGAAAAUAUCAAGAAAUUAGAAUCCGAGGUUCCUUCUAUUCUACGCAUCGAUACUCCACAAAACUAUUCAGGAGUUCUAAAAGUUGGUGUCGCGACCAAAGUGCGAUCGGGUACCGUAUCCAAUGGCCAAGAAAAUUUCUAUUAUUUGACUAGUCCGACUGAAUUAUUACAAACUGUAGUUGAACUACAAAAUAAGGCUGGAAAUCUUAACAGUAUGAGAGAUCAUUUCCUAUAUAAAUCGCGCCCUAAUACGAUUUCAGUAAACGUGUAUGUCCCUGGAGGCGUUUCAACAAUCGAAGGCAAUUUAGGUUCAGCUUCUGUGUCCAUGGCCACCGGACUAGAUGGUAUAGUUUUCCUUGAUCGCCCGAGCGCCCCAGACUCCAUGGAAUCAGUUCUGGUAGCCCAAAGUAUAAAAGCUCAUCAUUUGUACACUGCACCUGGAACAAUUGUCGAUGAUCUACUCCUUAGUGCAGGAGAUCAAAAAAUUACCGGAAUAUAUUCCGGUACCAAUUUGAUUUUAAAUAAUAUUCUACCUUCUCCUGGUUUGAUAAAUGAUGUCCCGAUCGAAAAUUUAGUUGAGGCCAACGAUGGAAUCGUAUAUGGUACAAAAACGGUUCAAAAUUUGUUUGUAAACAAUAUGAACGCCACUUUAUUUAAUCAGGUCGACACUUUAAGUUGGAUAGAAAAUAUGAAUUCUGAGUUCGAAGGAAAUUUGGCGGUGUAUGAAAACAUUUCUGUCAAAAAUCUGGAUGUCGAAUAUCUGAAUGGCAUCAAAUGGAAUGACUUUUUAAAAACUCUUUACUUGGAUAUUGAUGGUCAUUCAAAAAUUGAAGGCGACUUGAUUAUAAAAUCACGAUCAAGAGUUCAUUCUGGUAACUUGCAAAGCAUAUUUGGAAUUCCAGUAGAAAAUAUAUUUACAAAAACAACAGACCAAGUGAUAACAUCAAAUAUAACGAUACAAAAUCUUCAUGUAGAAGAAGUUGUAGCAGGAUCAAUAAACAGUUUAAAUUUCAAAGAAGCUAUUGCUGCACCAGGAACCAACAUCAGAAAUGUUGAAAUUGAACAUUUAAAUGUAGAACAUGAUUUGACGUUGAACGAUAACUCCUUGUUUGAUAAACAAAUUCCCGGAACAAAACUAUUCGAACUUUUGCAAAUCUAUAAUGGCAAGGUUUUGAUCAAAGGUUCAGUAACAAUACCAAACUUGCAUUUAGAAUCCGAUGCAAAAGUGUAUUUACAAGACAGUCCAGUGUUCAUGAACAUACCGCAAUAUUAUUGGACGAAAACCAAUGACCAGGUCGUAAAAUCCAAUGUGACUUUUGUGAAAAAUGUGAAAACACCUCAAGUUUAUUUGGACAAAGUAAAUUCCCAAAAUUGGUCACGGUAUAUUACUAAAGAUGGAGAAUUAUCAACAUUUGGACAUUUGAUAUUUAGUCAAGCAGAAAUCGGAGGAAAUUUAAAUUUUGAUAGAUCAAAUGUGAUGUACGAUCCAUUUUUACAAGUGCUUUAUGAACAUGCUGUUCGUCUCACUGGAAAGUGUACCAUCCAAGGUGAUGUUGAAUUCACUGGUGAAGCUGAUGUUAAAGAUGCUAAUGUGAAAAUUUUGGAUGGAAUACCAGUUUCUGACUUAGUGUCAAAGACUGAUACCAAAAAAAAAUAUUUCAAAUGUUCCAAAACUGUACCUUAUAUGAAUGUGUCUACACUUAUGGCAAAUGAUGCAUGUGCUGCAUCAUUAAACGGAGUCGACUUAAAAAAAUAUUUUGAUAAUUUGUUGAAGAUAGAUGAACCUGCAUCUUUUGGUGAACUUAAUAUCGAUUCCUUAGCCGCGGAAUAUAUAAAUUUGGAAGAGCUAAAGACAAUAGAUGCUGCCAAUGUUGGAAAAGGCAAUGAACAGUAUCGUAGCAAUGAAAAUGAUGGAGAAUCACCAAAAGUUAUUCGAAUCAACGGGAGCGUUCAUAUUAAAGAAAUCAAAAAUCUUCAAUCAGUGAAUGGAAUUGAUCUUGCAGAAUAUUUGGACAUGGUUGUUCUCAAAGACUCAAACAAACAAAUUGGUGGUCGUAAGAUAUUUACAGCGCCGGUGACAAUAUUAGAAGAACUAACAGCUCCUGAAAUAUCUGGUGUAAAUUUAUACGAUUUAUAUAACUAUGGUCUUACUAAAUCCACAAGUCAAAAUAUUACUGGGCAUUACGAAAUUUUAAACAUCAAAACAGAUAAUUUAUUCGCAAAUUAUGUGAAUAAUAUAAAUACGGAGCAGCAAUUAAUCGAUAUUUCCAUUUCUAAUGAAAUCAAUUCUCCGGUUUGGUUCAAAUCACCUUUAAGUGUGCAAAAUAUGAUAUGGAACAGCCAAUGUUUUGUGAAUAGUUCAAAUUUAUACGAAAUGCCAAAUAAGAAAUGGAAGUUGAUGUACAUCCAAAACCAACUUCAACAUCCAGAGUUGACCAAAGUUCUUGAAAAUAUAGUAGAAAAUGCUGUUACUGAUGGAUUGCUAAAAAUAUUACUGGAAAAGUAUACCACGAUUCAUAGUGUGAGAUUUACAGGAGCAGUUACGUUCGACAACAUCAUAACAACUAAUUACAUAAAUAACGUAAACUUGGAUUAUAUUGCGCAAGACGCUUUAUUCAAACAUUCCUCAGACGUUAAGCACAUUAGCUGUUCCAAAACUUUUAUUAGCCCUACAGUAUUGUCACAAGCUGAAGUAUUGGGUGACUUUGAUGCAUUUAUCAUCAAUGGUGUUAAAAUCGGUGAAUUGAAUGAAAGUCUUGUUUGGAAAAAUGAAGAUGCUGUCAUAACAGGCAGCAAGAUUUUGAAACAAAACGUGUUUGUUGACGAUUUGAUAGUUGAAGGUUUGGUCAAUAGUGUUGCAGUAAAUGAUGUGGUUUUCUUCGAAAAUGAUCGUCCAAUUCCUAAUAUUGUAUUCAAUACUUUGCAUAUAAAAGAUAAUUUGCAAGUACAGGAUAUAAAUGGGCGUAAUUUGGAUGAAUUUUUGUCUAAAAGAGUACGUUUACGAGGCGAUGCCCAAAAUGUAUCAGCACACGUCCAAUUCGCAAAAUUAAAUAUAGCAGGGCCUUCUUUUGUGUCAAAAAUAAACAAUAUAUCUUUGGAUGAAGUCGUUUUUACUGAUGUAGCAACGUCGGACACCAUUACUGGAAUGAAAGUGUUCGAGAAGGGUUUAAAAGUCUAUGGAGAUAUUUCCGCCAAAUUUCUGAACGAUUUUCAUUUGCAAACUACGUAUUCCAAUAGUAUUAGGAAAAAUAAAGAUUAUUAUAUAUCACAUGUGGUAUUUAAUAAUCCAGUACAGCUAUUAAAUGGCUUAUAUGCUCAUGCCUAUGAGAAUCAAACCUGGUUAAACUUCUACGCGAAACCUUUCCUGGACAAUACAUUUGCCCAAGAGAUGGACACGAAAUUAAAUUACACCUUCAACAGCAUUAAACCGUAUUAUCAUUAUUUGUACUUGGAGCCAUCAGAAAUACGGAUACUAGAACCGCCAUCCAAAAAAGUCGAGACUAUCAGGCCAGGAUUUUUACAACUUUCGAAUGAUGUAUCAGGAGAAGUCUGUUAUUUGCCACAAUUUUGUCCUUGCUCUGUACAAUACACAGUGGAUAUACCAAAUCAGCGUUCUAUCUCUAUUUUGCCUGGAAAUGCUACACACAGAGUAUUUUCCUAUCAUGAUGAUGGUAUAGGUAUCAAUAUUUUUACGAAUUCAAUUAGCACGAGUGCAUUUUGCAGUACUGCUAAUGAAGAAUUAACUUACGUUACUUGGAUGGAACCACAACGCGAAACACCUGACAGUACACCUAUAGGUGAUAUUACUAUUGACCAAAAAUAUUACAAUGGAUAUUUGAGUGAUGCAAAAUUCUUCAGAGAUCGUAGUAGUCGUAUAUUUCUCGUACUGGCAAUGUAUUAUGAUAAAUCAUCUGAUUCUCAUGAUAUCGAUUCCUUGUUACUCGAAUUGAACAUGACAACGAGGGAAACACACAUAGUUCAGUAUAUUUCAACAAGAUCUGCAACGACCUUAGAACUUCUGCAGAGUCCUUUGGGACACAUCUUGUAA